AUGAGGAGGUCACUAACAGAGUCAACAGCAGGAAUGCGGCUCUGGCCGGGCCCCAGGGAGGGAGGCAGCGGUAAGGAAACAACUUCAGAGAAGUUAAGCAACUUGCCCAGGCCACACAACUAUUCAAAAAAGAAGUAAUAUUUGAGUUCAGGGCUGGCUGACGCUGAGUCCUUCGGAAGAGUGCCUGCAUUUAAAAAAUGCAGAGAAGUGUUCAGAGCCUGCUGGGGAAGCAGGGAGCUGCUAUUUCUGUUCAAGGCAAUGAGUGAGGCUGGGCCUUCCCAGAAUUCAUUUGGAAUCACCCUAGAGAAGGCUGGUGGCUUGCAAGAUACUGGAUCUUGCUGGCUCAGCUAGGCACUGAAGGUGGUAUACAGAAAUGGUUUCACUGACUCCUGGAAGGAUGCCCAGGCCGGGACACUCAUUGUGAGUUGCAAAAAAGGAAAGGGGAAUCCUCAGAGGGAAGGCAGGAACAAGGGCUCAUGGCCGGAGGUGUGGAGCUGCAUUGAAAUCCUCUUGAGUGGGAUGCCCAGGCUUCCCCACCAGAUCCCAGAAGCUCAACGUAGUGUCCUGAUGUCCUGA